AUGGAGUCAGCAACGUUGCCGAACGAGGCAAAAAACGGUGCUUCGAAAAGCGACACUUUCGACGUGAGCCUGGUGGGGCGGGCCCGUGCCGGCUUCCGCCUGCCGAUCAGCGGGCCGGCGCAGUCUCAGGGAUCGCAGCAGCAAACAGUGGGCCUGGCGCUGGGGCUGCUUUCGCCGCCCUCGGCAGGAGGGGAGGCGCCGGGGUCAGGGCUGCAGGUGAGGGGGGUGGCGGCGCGGUACCAGGCGAGGACGGUGCCGGCCUCGGACAAGAUCAGCGCUUCCUCCUCGAAGGACCUGGGGGACAGCCCGGCGGCGUCGGUGUGCGGGAGCCUGGGGCUGGAGGACGUGCGGAGCCCGGAGCUGGUGAGGACGGGGUACGUGCUCUCCUUCACGCUGGUGAUCGCGGCGACGUGCCUGCUGGAGGGGCGGGGGAACGUGUUCGCGCUGAACCUGGCGAUCCUGUCGGCGCUGCCGCUGCUGUCGGCGACGAUGGUGUUCCACGGGAUGGAGGCGGGGAGGCCGAGGCGGUCGCUGCUGGCGGCGGCGGGGGCGACGCUGCUGGCGGGCUCGGGCGUGUCGGUGAUCGUCUCGAACGGGACGCUGUCGCUGACGCGGCACCUGCCGGGGCUGGCGGUGGUGUGCCUGUUCUUCUACCUGAUGUCGACGUCGUGGCGGAGGAUCCUGUCGGUGGUGUGCAGCGUGCUGGUGCUGCUCUGCGUGGUGCUGAGCAUGGUGAUCGACGCCAACUUCGAGAACAAGCAGACGCUGGUGCUGACGACGGUGCUCAUCUUCGGGCUGCUCUUCGUGCAGAGUCACGUGGCGGUGACGCCGAUGAGCUGCCGGAAGGACGCGGGGCGGGGGCCGCGGGGAGGAGACAACACCAUGGCCUUCACGCUCGCCUUCGUGAUGCUGCAGGCGGUGGUGGCGAUCGUGUUCCUGGCGCUGACGUCCAAGGUGGUGGGGCCCGAGGUGGCGCUGUACGACACGAAGCUCUCGCCCACGACGGUGCAGCAGCUGCUCUCGGGCAACGCGACCUACGUGGUGAUGGGAGGGGACAGCAUGCCCGUGCACAUGCUGGACGGGGUGGCGGUGGACGGGGGGAACCGGCUGUUCCUGUACCGGCUGAACCCGCUGACGGUGGGGCUGAGCGCGGUGAUGCUCCUGACGAUCUACGUGAUCUACACGUUCCUGAAGCUACCCGAGAGCAGCCACCACUGCAGCAAGAUCUCGCCCGACGACGACUACUGCGGGGAGUCGCUGCAGGACCACACGCACUGGGUCUUCUGCUUCUCGGUGUGCAUGGUGUUCUGCAACUUCGCGAUCAUCUCCUUCGUGUGCUUCCCGCGGCAGCUGGACUCGUGCGUCCUGCUGGCCUACAUCAUCGGGGCGCAGGUGGAGGUGGUGAUCGCGCCGCGGGAGGGGGAGGAGAACGGGCUGCAGUCGCUGGCGCGGACGCUGUGCGGGAUGGUGGUGCUGCUGCUGUGGAUGUUCGUGUGGGCGAAGCUGCGGCAGGACAUCGACGGGGUGAUCUUCAUCUUCAUCUUCAAGAUCCUGCUCGAGUUUAUGAUCGUGGGCUACCACACGGGGAGCAAGCGGGUGAUGGAGCACGUGGUGGAGUGCCGGGUGCUGUACGCCGUCUGCAACACCUUCCUGUUGGUGACGGUGUAUUUAGCGUGGGGGCACUGGCGGCCCCCAUCCGAUGUGUACGGGCACGCCACCUCCACCGGCUCCGCCGCACAGCCCUUCGCCGACCCCUACGCCCAGGCGAACCACUACCGCUCCAUGGCCUCGUCGGCCCUUGGCGCGCCCUCCCGCGCGGUAGUCGCGGGCGGCUUCAGCUCCCCCUACCACCCCCCCGCGAACUACGGCAUCGCGGACACACUGGACUUCCGCGACGGCAUCGAGAUCAUGGAGGACGAGCCCCCGCCCCCGGAGGACGGGCCCAAGAGCGUGGCGUGGGAGGACUACAGCUCCGACGAGGAGCGGGCCUCCCCGCCCUCCCCCGCGGCGGUCAGCAAGCGCGACCUGCAGGCGAUGAUCGAGAGGAACCUGAAGCAGAACUGCGGCGGCCGCUACCAGGCCAAGAGCCGCAUCAGCAGCAAGGCCACCGAGCCCGCCCCGGUGCCCGCCAAGGCGUCGGGGAAGCAGGCGGGGAAGCAGGCGCCGGCGGCCCCCAAGCAGGCGCCGGCGGCCCCCAAGCAGGCGUCGGCGGCGAAGGAGAUCAGCCUCUCCUCGAAGGAGUCGAUCAACCAGAGCCUGAGGAGGCUGGCGGAGACGAGCCGCUCCGAGGCCAAGCCCUCGCAGGUGAACCUGAGCUCCGGCAGCCUGUGGAAGGUGAUCCGCGACCAGUCGGCGAGGUGA